CAAAGUUACACUUCCGCCGUUCAAGAGUCACCACCUCCGGUCGUGUCCGGGGUUUCAUUUCCAUUUCUUGAAUAGAAAUUAAUUGGUUCCCCUCCUCAGCGGACUGUCAUAGUACCUGAGCUGACAUGGCGACGGACAUAACUAAAGGUGUGGAUCAAAUCUCCGUGGGUGAGCUGUAUGUGUCGGACAAAUCUGGCAGCGACCAGGACGGGGAUGGCACAGAGCAAAAACCCUUCAAAACUCCUCUCAAGGCUCUGUUGUUUGCUGGGAAGGAGCCGUUCCCGACCAUCUACGUAGAUUCACAGAAGGAGGGAGAGCAGUGGGCAGUGAUCUCAAAGACGCAGAUGAAGAACGCAAAGAAGGCCUUUAACCGCGAGCAGGUGAAGUGUGAUGCCAAAGACAAGAAGGAGGCAGAGGACAUCGAGAGGAGAGAGAAGAACCUGGAAGAAGCCAAGAAGAUCAUCAUUGAGAAGGACUCCAGCCUGCCUGAGCCUGAAACCGUUAAAAUUCAUCUUCUGGAGGCCAAGAGAGGCCAGAGAGUCAAAGUGUUUGGAUGGGUUCAUCGCCUCAGGAGACAGGGGAAGAACCUGAUGUUCAUCGUGCUGAGAGAUGGAACUGGUUUCCUCCAGUGUGUCCUGACUGAUAAACUGUGCCAGUGCUAUAAUGGCUUGGUGUUGUCUACAGAGAGCACUGUAGCUCUGUACGGGACAGUCACUGUGGUUCCUGAGGGGAAACAGGCGCCUGGAGGCCACGAGCUGCACUGUGACUUCUGGGAGGUGGUCGGCUUAGCUCCGGCAGGCGGCGCCGACAACCUGCUGAACGAAGAGUCGGACGUGGAUGUCCAGCUGAACAACCGACACAUGCUGAUCAGAGGAGAGAACGUCUCCAAGAUCCUGAGGGUCCGAUCCACCGUCACACAGUGCUUCAGGGACCACUUCUUCAGCCGCGGAUACUACGAGAUCACUCCUCCGACCUUGGUGCAGACUCAGGUGGAGGGCGGCUCCACGCUGUUUAACCUGAACUACUUUGGCGAGCAGGCCUACCUGACACAGUCCUCCCAGCUGUACCUGGAGACCUGCAUACCCGCCCUGGGCGACACCUUCUGCAUCGCCCAGUCGUACCGGGCUGAGCAGUCCCGCACCCGCAGACACCUGUCUGAGUACACUCACAUCGAGGCUGAGUGUCCCUUCAUGUCCUUUGAGGAUCUGCUGAACAGACUGGAGGAUCUGGUGUGCGAUGUGGUCGACCGAGUGCUCAAAUCCCCUGCUGCACAGCUGCUCUACGACAUCAACCCUAACUUCAAACCCCCCAAGAGGCCGUUCAAGAGGAUGGAAUACACUGAAGCCAUCGAGUGGCUCAGAGAACACGACAUUAAGAAGGACGACGGCACCUACUACGAGUUUGGAGAGGACAUCCCUGAGGCUCCAGAGAGGCUGAUGACGGACACCAUCAACGAGACCAUCCUGCUCUGUCGUUUCCCUGCUGAGAUCAAGUCCUUCUACAUGCAGCGCUGUGCCGAUGACAGACGCCUCACUGAGUCGGUCGACGUGUUGAUGCCAAAUGUUGGCGAGAUCGUCGGAGGAUCGAUGCGUAUCUGGGAUGCUGAGGAGCUGCUGGAGGGAUACCAGAGGGAGGGAAUCGACCCGACCCCCUACUACUGGUACACUGACCAGAGGAAGUAUGGCACAUGCCCUCACGGGGGUUACGGUCUGGGUCUGGAGCGUUUCCUCACCUGGCUGCUGAACAGACAUCACAUCCGAGACGUCUGCCUGUACCCCCGAUUCAUCCAGCGCUGCCGCCCCUGAGCACUGACUCACUCUCUCUCACACACACACACACACACACACACACACACACUUACACACAUUCUGACCUGGCAUGUGGCAUAAAAUGUGUCGCUACAAAAUUAAUCAAAUAACAAAGAACUCUGUUUUGUCCCUUUUGCUGUUUUAUCUUCAGUAACCGCCUUACUUCUGAACAGUAAACUGCAUGAUUUCUCACCACAGACAGUUCCCUGCUGUGCUCCGCCUCAACUCUUAACAGCUUCCUCCUGAUUCGCUCUGACUUGAAACCUGAAUCUGAUCAGAUCUGCUUGUGUUCAUGUUGGCUGAUUAUUUAACCACUAAUCAACUAUAUAACUACAGCCAUCAAAGACAAGGAACAGAGACAUGAUGUCUUUCUCACAAGUAGUAGAUUGUUCUCAUAAUUACGAGAUUUUCUUAGAUGGAUGCAGUGCACUUCUGUAGAAAACAUAAUGAUUACAGAGAGUUCACAUCUCCAUGAUGU